AUGCGGAGUACUACACUGAUCCUUUUAGUUGCUGUUGUGGUCUUGUACCUUUUGAUGGUCUUGACUCAAGUUGAAAGCUGCAAGGGGAAGCCAUCCUCUCCCAAGUGUGUGGGGUCCCUUGAUGUCGGUAAUGACCGAAGAAGAAAGUGCAAGAGAUCUGCUAAUAAGAAUAUGUGGCAUUACAAUACUGUGACUAAAAACUGCACAAAACUUAAUUAUAAAGGAUGCGGUGGUAAUGAUAAUCGUUGGUGUAAUAAACAACUGUGUGAAGCCUGCCGAGGAAGAUAA